CCGUAAUUAUUUUACGCAACAUUCACCUAACAUCAUACAAUAAACGGCAUAGGAUUUUAAACGAAUCUCAAUACCUUUCGAAACAUUGAGAAGGGGCGGACGGAGUAGGGGUGGUAAAACGAAGCGGCGCUCACUGACGAUUGUACUGCCGCUGGGUCUGCCGCCGCGUGAAGCCAUUGCCCGAUAACACACAUUCGCGAAAAAAAAGUUCAUAGUUACAUGCGCGCUAAGCUUUACAAGAAUCCGGAAAUUACUAUAGAAAAAAAAAUAUAAUUGUCUAUUGUUUUAUGAACUUGUCAAACGUUCGCGCGUAAAUUUUCGCGCUGAAAUUUAAAAAAGGAAAUACGGGAUUGUUUUUUUUUUUAUUUGGAACAGUGCAGUGGACUCUAGUUAAUUGGGAUUCAGUGCUGGAAGAAGGUUGUGCUGUGACGGACAGUGUUGUGUGAUGGUACUCUGCCGCUCUGUUGUUUGAGAGUGCAGCAUGAGGGGUGGCGUUUACGCUUUUCUGCUGUUGGCGCAUACAGUCGCCGCUAUUACUGGACCCAGGAUAGAAAAUGAGUUCGACCGAAGCCGUCAGCCGGCGCUGGGACCAUCAGGCUUCAACGAACACCAAGCGAGAUUUGGACCAUCUCCUUCACUCCAGAACUACCAAGCCCAACAAGCUGUCUUAAGUAGUCCACCACCGACCAUUCAGUACCCUCAACCGAUCUUCCAACAGCAACCUUACGUUCCUCAGUUCAACAAUCUGUUGCCAGCCCAGAACAUUCCCGUUCAGAAUAUCCCCGUACAGAACAAUAAUGGUUUCCACUUCAACCAACCUUCCAAUAUCAACCAUCCAAUUAAUAACUUCCAACAAAUUCCACAACACAACCAAAAUAUACCCCAACCAAUUCCGACGUUGGCCAGUUUCCAAAAUAAUCCUAUCCCACAAGUGCCUCAAACAUUCAACCAAAAUUUAAACAUUGCACAGCAAAGGCCAACCCAACAAGCUUUCCUGCCAACUUUGGCUACCGCUCAGAACCAGGCUUUUAGUAGACCUAACCCAAUCACAAUCCAAGCAGCCCCAAACCUAUCUCCCCAAAAUUUGAACAAUGCCCAAAUCCCAUUCCAAUCUGCUAUAAACCAGUCGCCUCUAAUUCCUAAUGGACAAUCAGUAGCUCAGCUGCAAGAUUAUUAUGAACAGCAGUCGAAAGAAAACCUUGAAAAACUAAAAGAGCUUCAAGAGAGGCAGCGAAUCAUUCAGAAGCAUCAGGAGUUUGUUCAGAAACAGCAGCAAAAACAACAGGAAAAAGUGGAGAAGCUACACGAGGAAUUCGUUAGUAAACAGGCAACAAAAUCCAUACCCACGUACACGACGACAGAAAACUAUGAAGAUUUUUACAAACGAAACCAAGAGAGGCGAAGACCACUACAACCGCAUGAAACAGAUUUGUUCAGGAAGGCUAUUGAAAUGUAUGAAAAGGAACAUCCGACUACCACUACAACAACGACCACAACAACUACCACAACACCUCGUCCCCGACCCACCGUAAGACCAAGGACAAGAGCGCCCACUAGAACAAGAGCACCCCCUCAAGACAGGAAUAAACAAAAACUUUACAACGAAAUAAAAGAUCUGCUAGAAGAGAGUGAUAAUAAAGGAUUUGAUGACAAUUUGAGAGCCAAGAGCGUUGCUUUACUCCAAAAACCCGAUAUUUUAAAACAACUAAAAGUAGCUCUAGCCGAAAACCCUGAAGAUUUCAACGAAAAGAAUUUCACAUCACGAGAAAUAUCUUUGAACGGGCAGAAAUAUGAAGUAAUAAGAACCAAUAAUCCUAAUUUAAUACCGAAAGGCGCAAUAGCUGCUGACAGUCCAGAUUUAGGUAAAUUCAUACAGGCUACACAAGAGCCACAAAAGGAAAGCCGCAUAUCUUUCGAGGAUUUAACAAAAGGUGUCUUACCACCGGGUGCUAACUAUGAACUUAUAAAGCAGUCGGAUAAUGGUAAACUGGAAGAAGUUUCUAGAUUACCGAGCACACUUCAGAACAAAAAGAAAGUGACAUUCGUGUUUCUCGAAGAGCAGGAUGACGGUACAUACAAAGUAAAAGGAGUAAAGGCGAACGGUCAACAGACUGAAGAAGGUCCUGAAGUAGAAGAAAUUUUAAACAAAAUCAAGAAAGGAGAAAUACAACUGCCCGGGCCUACGAAAAUUUCCAACACUGUAUACACAUCGACAACUUCAAGUCCAACUACUCAAUCGACUGACUACAUUGCGGAAUCUUCAUACCACCCUUCAAGUUACACCAGUUAUGUAACAACAUCCAACUACGGGACCUCCGGACACACUAACCCAAUACAAACAACGCCACCACCUACCUACGCGUCUUACCGUAACUCCAUCGCUUCUUCAACAAAGGCUACCCCUCAAACACAGACCUUUGCUCCCUCCACUCGAAGCACCACAACCGAGGCACCUCAACCUAGAUACGUCACAAAAUCUUCUACUCCAACCUACAACAUUAACAGGAACAGCUACAGCCCAAGGAAUCCCUUCCACACCACGACAGUUAUAAAUACAACUCCCGCGUAUACAAGAUCUACUCCUCAAGAAGUCGUAGUCAUUGGAUCAUCCAGCACAAUUUCACCAAACUACGAAGAAUCUACCUUCAAUUCUAACUACGCUAGAACUGGUACACCAGAUCUAAUAGAUAUUCUUAAGGAGAAUGGUCUCUUUGCGACAGCUAAAUACUUGAAACAAUCUGGUUUAGAUGCGAUAUUGAAUGAGACGGGACCCUACACAAUAUUCGCUCCAACGGACAAAGCUUUCAGGACAUUAUUGGUGCAACUCGGUGGACCUGAUAGGGCUGAGGAAAAAUUCCGCGACAAUCCUAGACUGCUUAGUGGGUUGCUGCUCCAUCACGUAAUCCCUGGUGCCUUCGACGUGGGUUCCCUCCAAGACGAGAUGACGGGGGUCUCGUUAGCUGGCACUCAGCUAAGAGUCAACCAGUAUGACAUGCAUGACGUCGAGUGGAAUGAGGUUCGCGUCACCACCAUCAACGGCGCUAGAGUUCUCGAGGAUAAGAAGGACAUACAUAUUCCUCAGGGUAUAGCGCAUGCAGUGGACAGGGUCAUGUUCCCGCUGCCAGUAGGGGAUAUAGUUCAGACCCUGCAAGCGGACAGGGACCGACGGUUUACCACCUUCCUCAAGGCGAUCAUUGCAAGUGGCAUGGCAGAAACAUUAUCAGAAAGCAAAACCUACACAGUGUUUGCGCCAACGGACGCCGCGUUUGCUCGUCUCCCGCCCGCGGAACUAUCAAGAUACUCCGAAAAGGCAGCUGCCAAGGCGUUAGUGGCGAGACACGUGUUGCCAGGGACAUUGUACAGUGCGGGCAUGCGGUACUACCAGCUGAGGAACUCUAUGGAGGAUGCUAAGCCCUUAACCUUGCAGAAGAGCUCCGGUCGCAUCAAAGUGAACAACGCACAAGUGGUGACGCACAACAUCCCGGCAACCAACGGCGUCAUUCACGCCGUAGACAACCUGCUCUAACAACCCCCCAACCCGCCAAAUUAGAUAAGGUUUCCGGAGUUACACUAAAAACCUUGAAGCUUUGACAAUCAAAAUUAAACAUGAAAUCAGUCUUUUUUUGAGCUCUAAGGGUGGGAUUUAUAGAGCGCACUUUGCUUUUCCUCAGACUUAAGAUUGAGUUAAAACGAGACAGAUUUAUGUGAAAGAUGUACAUCUGUCUCGUUUUAACUCUGUCUUAAGUCUAAGCAAAGUCAGAGUGCGCUCUAUACAUCUCACCAUUAGGCUGAGAUCGAUAGAGUAUUUUGACUUUGCUAUAUGUUCACUUUCAAUAAUUUUGUAUUGAAUGAAUUGCACUUCAAUUUUAUUGUAUAGCAGCGUCUUACUCGAAUAUUAAUUUAACCACCAUGUUGGCGAUAUUGUCUUUCUUCUUUUACAAUUUCUAGAACAAAAUCAUAUUUUUCUUUAUAGUUAUUUGCUUACAGUAAUUUCCACUCUUUUGUGUAUGUUUAAUACCUGAUCAG